AUGACGCCCCCACGCCCUGCGCGUAGGCGCCGCGCUCCAUCAACCGCUACUCGUCGGCGCCUUCCAUCAUCCCUCUCCUCUCUCCCCAAGGAGAUCCUGCUCCAGUACAUCCUUCCACACCUCACCAUCAAGGAUGUGCUCCUCCUGUGCCGCACGUCCAAGCGGUUCGUCACGGUCCUGAAUGAGGACAGCUUCUGGCGUCGCCGUAUCCUAACCGACUUUCCGGACUGCCCGGCCUUCCUCCACUCCGGUCGUCGUGAGCCGGGGUGGAUGCGAAAGGUGUAUCUCGGCCUCCGGCACCCUCGCGCGUUUGUGUGGGAUGAGUGGGAUGGCGGCGCACCGGUCGGGUUCUGGUCCAAGCUUGGGCAGGGCGGCGGUAAACAAUCACUGCAACAUGUCUCUCACCGCAGCAAUCCCACCACCUUCCCGGCCACGGAAGUCACCGACCUGUUCCCCAAGUACACCGAAGCGCAAGGUGUCUUCUUUGUCAGACCCAAUCAGACCCCAGAGCUCAUCCGCUGGGCGUCGAAUGACGACAUCAAGAGCACAUUCCGCAACGGCCGCCAUGCCAAAGUGAAGCCCGUCGACCUCGUCCAGUUGUCUGCUACAGGACAUCAACUUGUGGCCCGGGACUCGCGCGGUGGGCUCUGGCGCCUUGACAGCACCGACCCAGAGGCAGAGGUCGAUAAAGCCUUAGCUCCGUGGACCACCGCCGCGCGCCCGAUUCCUUUGCCCACCUCCGUCUCGCAGGUUGUGGGCGGAUCUGACGGAUUCCUCGCCUUGGACCAAAACCCUCUGGUCUUGGAGCAACUCUUCGACCUUGACAACUGGUCUCAUUUUUCCACCUUGGGUCAACUUGCCUCGGACACCGAACCGCCGAGGAUUUCAAAGGUCUCGAAAGGAAGCACCGUUUCCGCUUGCUUGCUCAGCAACUACACUAUUCUCGCCUGGAUCCCAAGCUCUCCGACGUUUCAAGAGACCUUCAAGGACCUCAAGGGCCACCUUGCACUGCACAAUGAAGAACUGUUCAUGUCGACCGUCAAAAAGGGCACUGAGCCAGGUAUAUUCCGACUGCCACCUCUCCCCUCCGACCCUACCGAGUUCAGUGAAGCUGUGAGGGGGGAGGGGGGAAAGACCUCGUCCGGCUCUCAGCGAGUGACUGCCAUUGCUUGUUGUGGGGGCCGUGUUCUUGCGCUCAAGGCGACCGGCAGCGUCUGGAUGACAAGCAAGCUCAAGACCGAAAAGCUGGAGAGGGGGUCUGUCGUUUGGCAACUGGUCGACGGCCUGUCUUUACCCUCCACGACUCACAUCUACGCCAACCCCUACGGCACCGAGGUGGCCGCCCACGGCACGACAACCCAGUUACCUGACGGCUCUUGGACCCAAUCAAACCUUGUCAUUGGCUCGGUCCGCAUCGGCAAGCGUCCCCCACUGUUCCCUCGCCAUGCAGUCUCGUUGGUCAAGUUCCAAGACCUCCCCAUUGUCCAAGUUGCCUUUGCGAAGAGGUAUGCUGUAGCCCUUACAGCUGGGGGUGCUGUCUACACUGUUAAGCGGGAAGACUUGUUGGACCCAUUCCAUCCAGGCAAAGUUCACCUCCGCCACUGCGAUAUUCGGGAUGCGACCGGCUCGCCCGUCUUUUUCUAUUCUAUCACCUGCGGGGCCAUGCACAACGCCGGCCUUGCCUUGGGUGAUACCCGCAUUCAGGUGUAUGCUCCUCCCUUGUCGAAGCGCGAACGCCCCAUUGAAGCAAUCGCGGGCAAGACCAAGGCAGAGGAAGCUCCUGCCACGACCGAAGCUCCGACGACGACCAAGAAUCCGCCCAAGACCCCAUCCAAGAUUCCGCCCAAGACUCCCAAGACUCCGGUCAAGACCCCUUCCAAAGGUCGCACCUUUCAGCGCCAGGUCCGCCGUGUUGCCAGUCGCCUCGGCCUCAUUGACCUCAACCAAGCGCGUGACGAUACCAUGGGCAACACUCCCGAAUGGGAGCGCGUGGCUCCUGUGAGCCUCAUGCCCAAAAUGGACCACACCAAAGGAUUGGCCGCCACCCGCCAAUACGUCAACGACGCCGUCGAGUUCCAGGACGGCCGUGUCGACCCUGUGGCUUCUUCCAGGGAGUAA